AUGGCUGAACAUUACUGUAGUCAAACGCCGGAUCAGUUUUUAAAACUUGUUCAUCACAGCAGGUCUUGCAUCCUUGCUUUCUGUGUUUUACACUUUACAUUUUCCCUCGUGGCGACUCUUGGAAAUCUUUUAGUUAUCCGCGCUUUAAUAAAGGCCUCAAUGAUACCAGCCAACGUCAGGAAGAUGUUCGUAAGUCUGGCUUUCUCUGAUCUUGCAGUUGGAUUGUUGCCGCAGCUUAUGGACGCUAUUAUCUAUGCCGUCGUGUGGAAGAUGGCGUCAAGGCUAGACAACUUAGCCCUCCUUUGUCCAACGGUUUUAAACGUGCUUUCCUAUUUUGGUUAUCUUCUCGUCGCUGCAUCUUUCCAGAAUGUUAUUGUCAUUGCAGGCGACAGGCUUCUUGCUGUUUUGUUCCAUUUGCGAUAUCAGGAGCUUGUCACACCCAAACGUGUUACAACAGUGUUG